CAGAAAGGUGUAUGCUUUCAUUAAUUGCUGUAGAAGGUUUCUCUGCUGAAAAUCUCUCUUCCUACAUCACCAAGUUCUUUCAUCCAGACACAGCUUCCUCGGAAGAUCUGAACCAAUUCAUAUCAAACAACGAUGUGAUCUUAGAGAACAUGGCCCCCUACCCUAUAUACACAGCCAUGCUGUGCAUCAUGUGGAAAGACUAUGAUGGAGAGCGCCGAGAGGCAAUGUCCAAGCUGCAAACAUUCUCCCAGCUAUUUGAUGAGAUGGUCGACUUUUUGGUUGAUCAUUACCUUUCGAAGCCCAUUUCAUCAGGUAUUGGUGAAGAUAAAUUGAAGGAGAAUCUUUCAGAUAUUCCUCAUCACCUGCUUCAGAUUGGCCACAUUACCUUCAAUGGACUUCUUGAGAGACAGUUGGUAUUCACAGAGGACGAGUUUCAGAGCUGUCCAGAGUCCAUCGAUGUAGGUUGUAAAGUUGGGGUACUUACUAAAGAAAAGCGUAUUCCUUCGAGGCGAGACAAAAGAAAAAAUCACAAUUCGGUAGCAAAAUCGGUGCAGUUUCCCCAUAAGCUCUUCCAGGAAUAUCUAUCAGGGAUUUAUCUUGCAUCCCUUCAUAACUUAAACCAUAAUGAAUAUGGCAGGUUGAUAUUGGAUAUUAUCAAGAGAGCAGGAGAAUACAGGUACCUACUUUACUUCACCUCGGCCCAGCAGAAGGAGGUCGGCUUGGAUAUCGUAUCUCGUCUCAUAGCGUUGACAAGACAGGGUAGUGAUGAUGGCUUUAUCGUAGAUGUAGCAUACGAGAGCCAAGACCAAGCAGUGGCUAAAGCAGUGGCGGAUCAUCUCUCCUCUAAGUACGGCAAGGAACUGAAGAUCACUGAAGAGAUGCAGGCACAUACAGUAUCAGGGCAUAUUUUCAUCAUGAAUCAUCGUGAAGCGGAUGACCUGAUCAUUGAGAAGUCAUGUGGACGGACGGCUUCAGAGGACCUGGCUGAAUUCAUCUGCUCAUCACGAUCACUUAAAUCUGUGACGAUCGACGGUACUAUGCAUGACGUCUUCUACUCGGUGCUUGCAAAUAAAGCAGUCAAUUCCAAGAUUGAGACUCUUAACAUCAAAUAUUUGGGUAUGAGUGAACGUCCCUCUCCAUCACAUGAUCUCGCUCAGUUCAUCUGUAAGGCGCCCCAUUUGACGAACCUGACACUCGGUGGGGGACGAUAUAUACAAGUGGUCUCGCUACAUAAUGAUUUCUACUCAUCAUUUACGUCGGUGGCAUCAUCUGCGAAGAUUGAGACUCUUGACAUCUGUUAUCUGAAUCUCAGUGAACGUCCCUCUGCAUCACGUGAUCUCGCUCAGUUCAUCUGUAAGAUGCCUCGUUUGAAGAGCCUGACACUCGGUAGGGGAUACGAGUUCUUUCUUCACGAUGACUUCUACUCAUCAUCUUCUUUGAUGGCAUCAUCUGCAAAGAUUGAGACUCUUAUCAUCUGGUCUCUGGAUCUCAGUAAACGUCCCUCUGCAUCACGUGAUCUCGCUCAGUUCAUCUGUAAGAUGCCUCAUAUGAAGAUCCUGACACUCGGUGAGGUAGACCAGGCCUUACUUCACGAUGAAUUCUACUCAUCAGCUUCGUCGAUGGCAUCAUUUGCAAAGAUUGAAACUCUAAACAUCAAAUAUGGGGUUCUCAGUGAACGUCCCUGUGCAUCACGUGAUCUCGCUCAGUUCAUCUGUAAGAUGACUCAUCUGAAGGACCUGUCACUCCACGGUCAGUAUCACGAUGACUUCUACUCAACAGCGUCAUCGAUGGCAUCAUCUGCAAAGAUUGAGACUCUUGAUAUCAACUGUUUGGGUAUGAGUGAACGUCCCUGUCCAUCACAUGAUCUCGCUCAGUUCAUCUUUAAGAUGACUCAUCUGAAGAACCUGACACUCUACGGUCAGUAUCACGAUGACUUCUACUCAACAUCGUCAUCAAUGGCAUCAUCCGCAAAGAUUGAGACUCUUGAUGUCAACUAUUUGGGUAUCAUUGAACGUCCCUCUGCAUCACGUGAUCUCACUCAGUUCAUCUAUAAGAUGCCUCAUUUGAAGAACCUGACACUCUGCGGCCAGUUCCACGAUGACUUCUACUCAACAUCAUCUUCGAUUGCAUCAUCUGCCAAGAGUGGUAACACGAGCCACACCUUGACUGAGCUGACAGUAUAUGAGGAGACACUACGAGGAUGGCAGGAUUGUGGUUCGAUGUUUGACAAUGUGAAGGGAGUCACUAUACGGGUAGGGAGCACGAUCAACUAUGACGUCAUCCAGAGGAUCCAUCUACCAGGAGCAACAGAACUCACCAUUCAAACAGAUGAGAGUGUAAUUCGACCGGCUGGUUUCCACGAGGAGCCCACUUCACUACCCAAUGCCCUCCUGAAUAUCUCCCCUCAACUUGUCAAGGUGACAUUCAGCGAUCUUGUCAUUGGUAACAGAAAGAUGGAACUAAUCUUACAAGCUUUCAGAUCAACACUCGACCUCAAACAUCUGAAGAUUAUCAGAUUCAUAAGAUGCGGGACAGAGGAGAGCGUGAAUGAUGUCACAAUUGCUUGCAAUAAAGAUCAGGUCAUGGAGGUGGAGGUGGUGCAUGGUAUACCACGUGGUAAAGAAUUUGUAGCUGCAUUUUGCAUGAUGUCACAGUACUCAAUCUGAUGAAUCAGACGGAUCAGAUGAUCUUGGCUCGCAAACAGGAAAUAUAGGCUGAAGUGAAGAGUGCAUAAAACACAUCAUUAUAAGCUUAUUAACGUUUAAUAAUUCAAAAUCCGGACUUUGGCUAUUAGAAAUAUAAUUUGUCAUGCAAUCAAGUUCAUCAAACGAAUCACAUUGAUAUUCAUAUGAUUUUACACGGAUGCUCUUGUUCAUUAUUUUGUUGAAGAUUUGUUAAAGUAAUGAUUUUAAAUUCCCUUUGAAAUAUUAAUCUCAGUAUCAAGAACAUUCAUUUGGGAUAAAGGGCGUAACAGGGAUUUGCACUGUGAAAAUCUCAAAACUUGUAAAGGGUCAAAAUGGUGUAAAAUAUCAUAAGUGAAACAUUCUUACGAGUAUGGUAGCAGAAUAUUCACACAAAAAAUACUCAAUUUUUCCUCCUAGACAGAAAAACACAGAGUAUUUUUAUUUCAAAUUUAGCACGCACUUUCAUAAACUCAUCUUGCUGCCACAUGAAAUUAUAGGCCCGAAUUCACAAAGGAGGUUUAAAUCUAACCCAUGGUUUAAAUCUUCAUUUACAUCACCCAUGGUUUAAAAUAAGCGCAAAUUGAGGCGUACCUUGCCUUGCGCGCGUCUACUAUUGGACCUCUGUCGGACUACUAUUGGACUUAUUUUGCGCUAAUUUUAGACUAUGUGUUAUGUAAAUGAGACUUUAAACCAUGGGUUAAAUUUAAACCUCCUUUGUGAAUUUGGGCCAUAAAGUUUGACAUAAGUUUCUGAGGGCUUGCAAAUCCCUAUUAGGGACUUUAAACAUACACAUGCAUAAUGAAAUCAAAAUGUGUUCUAAUGGAAGAAGAGCCAGCUCAGUUAAUCAUGGACAUUUUACAAAUCUUCAGAGUUUGGAGAUCUGUAAAGGAGGGGAUUAAUUGCUGUGAGAAGAUGGAAAUAGAAAUAGAAAAUAAGGAAAUGUAUCUCCUCCUGUAGGCCUUUAUUGCCCUUGCAAAAAGGUCAAAAUGUAGACCACUUUUCCUUCACAAAUAUAACACUGUAUUCUUGUUCAAUAUCUUUUGUGUAUGAAUUGUUGCAUGUAUAAUGUAAAAGGUUUGUUUGGCUUUUUAAAUCUUAAUUUGUAAUGGGAAAAAUAUCUUGUCUUAUAUAAAUGAGUUGGUAAUUUUGUCUGUUGAUAAUUUGUAAAUAACGUAGCCAAAUGGUAUGUGCCCAUACGAAGGAAUGUCUUUGCAAGAAUAAAUGUAUAGGAAUGUCAAAUAUCCAAGCAGCUGUAUUUCUUUAGGUUCAGCUAAUGAUUAUAUACACUAUUAAACUUGAUGCAAGAGCAUUAGGUUAAUUUUGAUUUUAUUCUACAACUGUUUCAUAAAUUUUUACUCAAGUCUAUGAUUCAGAUGCUUAGUGUUAUCACCCCCACACCUCACCGUGCGUGUGUGUGUGUGUGUCUGUCUGUUCUCAUCGUAUAUCUUAAUCCAUCAUUUUUCAAAUGAUUCAGCGCCAUUCUCAUUAUUUUAUGAAUUUAGGGAUUUUCCCUGCUCCCCUUGUCAUUAUGAUUAUUGAGGUGUCGUAGUAAUGGUUAAAUCACUUGACUGGUACUGCAAACAGCUUGUGUUCUAGGCUCGGUAUGACACUUAUGCCAUUGUGCAAGGCAUUUUCUCUACUUUGCUCCUCUCCACCCAGGUGUUAAAAGGGGUACCUGGUAGGAUGCGAAAGUCGAUGUGAUUGUAAGCGCGUGUGCAUGCAUGUUGACAGCUGACUGGCUGUAAUUAAUGCUCCCAGAGUGGAGUUAAAAUUGUACAUUCUAAAGUGCAGGAUAGACAUUGAAUCAAAUGAACGGGUAAUGAUAAUACUGCAAGUUAAUCACUUCGGUCGGUUAACUAAUACAAGGAUUUGUUUGAUUUAUUGUAAGUAGUACUGGUAGUAAUAGUUUUGUAGCAUCAUCAUCAUCAAUAUUAUUAUUAUUAUUAUUAUUAUUAUUACUAUUACUAUUCGUAUUGUUAUUGCUAUUAUGUAUUAGCAUCGUUGUCAUGAAACAUGAAUAUACAUGUACUCUAUAUCAUUGGUGUAUAGCUUUGCCAUGAGUUGAAUUUAUUUCGUUUACGAAUAUGAUCUAUAUGAGGUUGCGAUGUGUUAUGCGUGUUUAUCUUGUCUGGUCUGUUUAUCUCCCGGCAAAGGGCUGAAUUAAUUAUUGUGUGGGAAGCUUUGGUUUCUUGUAUAUAUUUAGACUGAAAUUAACGGAAAAUCAUUGAUGGAUAUCAAAUGAUCUCGCACACAGGCAGGGUAUAUUAAAGCCUUUCUGCACUUGUUUGGCAAGGAGGGAUUAGACCUACCUGCAUGGUCACUGGUAGGUGGUUAUCUCAUCAAAUCAGCUCUCAAUUAUAACAUAAGAAAAAGGGGACCAUGGGGGACCAAAGAGUACCGCUCAUGCAUUGUUGGCCAUAUAGAGGGAGCAAGUAGCUACAAGUAGUGCAGUCCCGCUUUAAACUAUAGUCGUUACGUUCCAUUACUAUUUCCUUUUUUUUUUUAGAUAAGAAAUUGGAGUGGACUUUACAUUAUAAUUUUAGAUCAAUAUGAAGACAAUUUUUUUGUGAACAAUAUAUCUUUAAAUUCACAACCAAUCAUUAACAAUUGACCAGGUAAAGUACUAAACGUAUCACUAGAGAUCAUCAAGUUAGUUCUCUUAAAAUUAGGGUACAAACUUAUUUCCCUGUAUCCAAUCACAUACGAUUUGUAAUUCAUGUGGGUACAGUGCAUAUCUUUCAGGGGUGAAAAACACUGAGUGAGUUUGUUAACAUGGAACACUCAAAAUGUCAAAUAUGUGUGGUUCAGUCAUCAAGCUGGUGUUUUUAUAUCUCCGGAGAUUAAUUUGGUUAAUUUGUGGAGAAUUUAAAUGGUUAUUAAGACUUUUGUUACGGAUGAUCGCAAUGAAACAAUAACGAUAAUAGUUAUGUUAAUAAUAAUGAAAAUAAUAGGCCUAAUAAUAAUAAUGGUAAUAUACUCUCAUCUUUUAAACAAUAAAUUGUCAACGUUUAUACCCUCAAAUGAUAUUCAUUAGUAUGUAUAUGUUCCUUUGUGUUUGGGUAAUAAAUAUAUUUUCUUUUUUUAUAAUGCAUGCAAACAAGAUGAUUCUCCAUACACGAACAGUAAACAGUGAAUGAAUAAGAGAAAGAGCACGUGUGAGGAAGAGGGUCUCAGAUAUUACUUUUUGAUUUAUUUGGAUUGGUCACUAUUUAUACAUGUAUCCUUCCUCCAUUUAUAACCAAAAAAUAUUUCACCGGGGCCUACAGCUUUACAAGCUUGCUUUCAUGAAGGUCCCAUCAUAUUCUCUCAGUUAAAUCAGUACUCUAUAUUGACCACUUAUCUUCAUGUUAUUUAUUAUGUAGGAUUGAUUAUUAUUUCA